AUGGACGCAAUUCUCCAGCAACUUCGCACCUUGGCCUCACAGGCCGAUGACGCCGGUCGUCACAAACUGCUCGAUGCUCUCCGUGACAUCCAGCUCACACUAGAGACUCCGCACGAUACUUUGUCCCGCUUCGCGGGUUUGCAUCUGCAAAUCACAGCCACCCGUAUCGGCGAGGAUCUCAACAUCUUCCAGAUUCUGGCAGAGAGCCGGCUCUUACGCUAUCUGGCCUCCAUUGGCCUGAUCAAGGAGUCCAGCGAGGAUAGCUUCACGGCCAACAGCCAGACUCGGACUCUGGCCCAGCCGGGCUAUCGUGGGGGUAUCUACCACUUCUUUGACAACUGUGGACCAGUCUUUCAGGCGCUUCCGGGUUUCCUCGCUGAGAAUAAGUACCAGGACAUCAAGGAUCCAACGGCGACCGCAUUCCAGAAGGCCUUCAAGACUGACCUGCCCGCCUUUCAGUGGCUGCCAACGCAGCCAGAACGCUUCGGCCCGCUACAGCAGGUCAUGGUUGUUCAGGGUGCGCAAGGUGCGCCGUGGUUCACGGUGUUCCCCUUCGAGAAGGAGCUGGGCGACUUCUCGGGACCGCAUGCCUUUGUCGAUAUCGGAGGCGGCUUUGGACAUCAAUGCGUUGCCUUAAAAUCGGCCUACCCUCAUCUCAACGGCAAAAUCGUCCUCCAAGAUCUGCCACAAGCUUUGGAACACUUGCCACCCCCCUUUGCGGCACAGCUUGAUGGAGUGGGGAAAAUGCCCCAUAAUUUCUUCGAGCCUCAGCCCAUCAAGGAUGCUAAGUUCUACUACUUGCGCAAUGUACUUCACGACUGGCCUGACGACAAAUGUGUUGAGAUCCUGAAGCAGCUGAGCGCCGUCUUGGGGCCCAGUUCACAGAUCUUGAUCGAUGAGAUGGUCCUCCCUAACACGGGCGUCCCGUGGGAGGCUGCCACCAUUGAUUUGACCAUGAUGUCGUCCCUUGGCUCACGUGAACGAACGCUAAAGGAGUGGUAUGCUCUGUUGGAUGCGGCGGGCUUAAAGGCCUUGCGCAUUGACACGUACACACCCCGUCGCCAAGACUCCAUCAUCCAGGUAGUUCAGAAAUAA